AUUUGAUUAUUACAUAAAAUGUGAAGGAAAUUCAGUAAGCUUGUUGUGGUCGGAGGGCGAAGAGAGAGUGAGAAAGAAGGAGAGAGACGGACCAUGGAGACUACCAUCUGCGGUCGAAUUGCUCUUUCCCCGAAUCACGUCUUCCACCAUAAGCAAGGAGGAGAUAAGCAGCAAUCUCUUAACGGACGAUGCACAAAAAGGACAAUGGUUAUGUCUGUUUCAGCGAUGGGAUCUGGGAAAGGUGGAGGAUUGUUGGAUAAGCCUGUUAUAGAGAAAACAACACCCGGUCGUGAAUCAGAGUUUGAUCUGAGAAAAUCGAGGAAAAUGUCGCCACCAUAUAAGGUACUAUUGCACAACGACAACUACAACAAGAGGGAAUUUGUGGUGCAGGUGCUGAUGAAAGUGAUACCAGGGAUGACGGUUGACAAUGCAGUGAAUAUAAUGCAAGAGGCUCAUCACAAUGGACUGGCUAUGGUUAUUGUUUGUGCUCAGGCAGAUGCUGAAGAGCAUUGCAUGCAGCUGAGAGGUAAUGGUCUUCUAAGCUCAAUUGAGCCUGCCAGUGGUGAUACUUGCUAGUUAAAGCUUUUACUCUGUUUUGUGAGAUACUAAUCUCAAAACAAAGUAAACAUCCUAUUACAAACCUACCUAUUAUCUAGAAUCUAGAGACCAAAAAAUUAUAAAAAUAAAAAAAUUGAGUAAUGUUGAUAUGUACAUAUAGUACUUUCAUCUCUUCCAUCUUCAAUAUGCAUGUAAUACAACAACACAUUAUGAGAUAAAACAAUUCAGAUACACUUCAAUCUGUCUUCAA